AUCUUGCUGGUUUUGUGUUGGAUAUAUUCUGUUCAACCAUGAUUGAUGUAGCUAAUGAGUUUGAGGUUCCUUCUUAUGGGUAUUAUUACACUUCUGGUGCUGGCAAUCUUGCUUUUACGAUUCUUCUUGAACAACUUUACACACAAAAUAAUAGUAGUAAUGUUAAGAUGAGUUCAUCAUGGUUAGUUAAUCAAGUUCCAAGUAAAGUCAUUUCUGGUCUCUACCUUAUUAACGAAGUUGCUGUUUGGAUUCAUGCACAAACUAAAAGACUUAGAACUGAAAUGAAAGGUAUUCUCAUCAAUACAUUUGAGGAGUUGGAAUCACAUGUGAUAUAUUCUUUGUCUACUGACUCCUCUUUGCAACUUCCACCUUUGUAUUCUGUUGGACCUGUUUUACACUUGAAAAAGAAUAUUGAGACUAUGGAUCGUGUAGAUGUGUUGAAGUGGCUUGAUGACCAACCUCCACCAUCGGUUGUGUUUUUGUGCUUUGGAAGUCGAGGAAGCUUCGAGAAGGACCAAGUGGAGGAGAUUGGACGAGCACUGUUUCAUUUGGUCCCUCCGCCAACCGUUGGAACAAAAUGGGAUGAAAACAGCAAUAGACUAUACAAACUUUGAAGACAUCUUACCCGAGGGGUUUCUCGACCGAACCAAAAAUGUUGGUAGAGUCAUCAGUUGGGCACCACAAGUGGAGAUAUUAGCCCAUCCCGCCACAGGUAAGGGUUCAAAUAUCUGUCAAUACAUCCCAAAAUGAAGAAUAACUAAAGUAAUGUAUGCUAGAAAAGUUUUGUGGUAAAAUAAUAAAAGAAAAAGAAUACUUGUGUCAUCAUGAACCAAAAAAGAAGGCACACAUAGCUUAAUUUCGAGACCAUGGUUGGAGUAACUUUAAAUUAUAAUCAAUAGACAUAGUUUGUCGAAAGAAUUUUCAUAGAGAAAGCUCAAGAAUAUUAAGUAUAGUAGAGGUGAUUUUAGAGUGGUUUAAACAGGAAUAGUAACUGCCAUUUCAAUUUACUAAAGUACGUAAAAUGAAUAGUAACUCUCUAAAGUAAGAAAAGUUGGAUCCAAUCUCCAUAGAGCAAAUGAGCAGAAGCAACACGUGAUUAAAAGAGUGUAUUGAUCUUACCACAUUCAUAUAUUCUGCUCAUUCAAGAGCCACACAUAUUUGGUCCCAACCUUAUCUUUGAUAUUAUAUAAACAACAACACUUUCCUUCCCCAUCUACCAUUGCUUAACAAUUCUCUGUAAAUUUGUAAGUAGUUCAUUACCAGAUCAAGAUCUUUGAGCUCAUUUUCAUAUCUGCCCCUUGGAAUUGGUCACCUUGCAUUCACCAUCAAAAUGGCCAACUG